AGAGAGAGGCACACGCUGAGAGGAGGCAGCAAAGCAAGCAGACACAAAGGAGACAGACACAAGGACAAUGAGAGACAAGAAGACAGAGAAAAUUAGGAGGCAGGAGAGAUCGUGGGGGGAGUGCUGCAUGGACAGAUGAGAAAGAAGAGAGAGCGAGAAUAAUGAAGAGGUGGUUGCAACAUCUGCUGCCAGAGAGAGAAAUGUUAGCCAUUCAGAUGACAGCAGCCAGGGAUCUGCAUUGAGAUCUCCACAACCCCUCCUGAAUGGUGUUUCCAUACCUUCCCCCUUGCUGUGUCCGCAUCAAAACAAACCAAGCAUCUAGUGAAGUCACUGCAUUGAAAUCAUUGCAGUAACAGACAAUAAUGAAUGGACUUGGCAGGAACAGCUUUUGGCAUGAUUAUUGUUAUUAUUGUAUUAUUGUUAUUAUUGUAGUGCAUCUAUAAUUUUAGCAUCAAAAGUCGACGUGAUCUGGCUAAAAUGUUUUUUUUACCAAGUACUUUGUGAUGCAGCUGACUGUUAAACCUAUUUAAUUCACUCCAAAUGCAGAGAUUGUCCUGACAGCUGGGUCAGGCCUCUCUUUCUCGUCAUGUAGCAGAACAGGAAUUUCUGCCAUAUUUUUAUAACAGUGUUGCCGUAUAAUUUUAGACACAGAUGACACUCGAAGACAGUCAGAAUGAAGAAUCUGCUGCUAAAAGAGAGGAGAGUUUUCGAUGAAGAGACACAGAUCUGCAGUGUCUGGUCAAAGGAGACAUUUGUGAAACGUGACUGGAUUUAGAUCCACCCGUUCUGACGGGUCCCACGACACCAACAUAUGACAAUAACAAACAGCAUCCCUGUCUGGAGGAGCAGCAGCCACUGCCAUCUUUCUUAUGGAAAAUACUCCCAUUCAGCAGAGGUACUGUGCAGCUGAUAUGUUUUAUUUUUACAGAAAACAAAUGAGCUAUUUGUCCUGAGAGUUUUGUAUAGAAUCAGGCUCGCACAGCUUAUGAUGCACACUCCAGCCUCCAUGGUGAUGGGGAUUGUUUUCGCCCCUUUGGGAUUGGUCCUUGUCUUCACUGCCGCUAUUACACCUCAGUGGAGAGAGGGACAGGCGCGUCUGAGCAUGGCAGGGUUGGGGUCACUUCUUCGGUCAGGAGUGAAAGGUCAGGGGAUGGGGGUCAGGUCCGGGUCAGUGGAGGCACUGCUCUUACUGCGCUCGGAUGGACUUUGGGAGAGCUGCCUGCAGGUGGAGCAUUCAGAACUGAAGCAGUGCUGGCCCGUGGCAGGUCCGUACCAGAGAGACCCUAGGGUUCGCCUGGCACAAGGUUUGGUCCUGACCUCAUUGCUCCUGUGUGGCUUUGGCAUUGUCCUGGCAUGUAUUGGGGUCAGGUGUUGGACAGAUAUACCUCUGAGAGGUGUAGCAGCUACAGGUGGACUCCUGGUGGUGAUGUCCGGGCUGCUGAGCCUGACUGCUCUUGGGGUGUACACCCACAACCUUGGAAGACUGGGGAUGGCAGAUCCAAGUCAAGGCAUCAAUAACCCCAGGUUCCCCCUCCUCACCCUACACCCAGCCGGCUCACUCUACUUUGGAUGGCUGGGUUCAUGUUUACAGGUGCUUGGAGGCAGCGCUCUGUUGUUCAGCUUCAAACGACCAAGAUGCCCGACCUGCCCGUCCUGCUCAGAGCUACCUGCCUGCCCUGCGUGUCGCUCAUGUCCAGAGAUUACCAACAAACCAGACACGGACAUAUAUGAAGUCAGCUGUUAGAAUAUGAACCUCAAACUUUUGAGCACUUUUUAAAGUCACUUCUAACUUAUCAGCUAAUAAAUCUGCCAACUAAUGAAAUUAGUCAUUUCAUAAAUGAUUGUGAACCACGGGACAUUGCCACUACCUUGUUAAUAGACUCUAAUGUCAGGUAUGAACAUGAUGGAUGUAAUUGCCCCUUGACAUAGACAGAAACAUAAUUUUCGGGUGUGAAAAACAAAGUGAUGAAUCACAGAAUACAAAGACUGUUACAGAUUGAUUGAGUUCAACGAGGUUGAAAAGAAUUUAAGUUCCUGCUGCCUUCAACAUGUAUGUCUUUGUGCUGCCUUUUACAGUGUAGCCAUGCCUUUGUACUGUUAGCAAGAAACAUGACAUUCUUUGUGUCAGAACAAAACUGUGUAUGUAAAAUAAAAAAUGUCUGUGAGAUUGGACUUGGCUUUAAAUAUGAACAGUCAGAGGGGCUUGCUUUAGAUGCAGUUAGAUUUCUUCUGUGAUUUCUAGUUUUCUGUUCCUGUUAUGGUCCUCUGGAAUGGAGACACCAAUCAAGGAUCAAUUUCACCAAAUGGAUUUGCAAUCUUCUUUUAAUAUUUUCUUGAUUGAAUCACUGCAAACAAUGAAAAACACUUUUAAAAAUAGAAGUCAGAGUGCUGCAAGAACAUUACACAUGCCAAUUUCCUAACCUGUCAGAGUAAAUGAGAAUAUGAUACCUUCACUAAAGACCCUUCAUCUAAUGAAUGUGAUAUUUCUGACUUUAUAACAUGAACAGUGAGAAGGAAAAAUGUUUGAGGAGGAGGAUGUCCAACAGGUGUUGUUUAUUCUUUGUAAAUUAUUUAUUGGUGUUAUCUUGUUAAAGUGUGUUGUAUUGUGCAUUGAAUAAAACAUUUCAACAAUA